AUGGUAAGCAAUGAGGGGGGCAGAGGACAGAGCAGGGUUUCACUGCGGCCAGUCCGUCAGGAGGUGCUGGGGGAUGUUCCAGGAGAACAGCAGAAACGUGUGACGCUAUGGAUGUGGGCUUGGCAAGUUGCAUCUGGAGUUGAGGAGAGGCCACCCAUGGAGAACAGGAACCACGAGGUGGAGAGUGGAGCUCGUGGGAGGGCGAAAAUUAAGACCAAAGAAUGGAAACCUGCCAGUGUGAGAGACCACCUGGCAAAAACCAGGAGAAAAGUGCCAUUCAGAAAGCUCGCCAGCGAGAAGACAGCUCCACGCUCAGCCUCAGAAGAAAGACGUUCAACGAUUUACUGGGGAGAGAAAGAAAAGGAACGGGAGCUGAGAGGGCCCCAGAAAGGUCUCCAACUCCCUAGGACAGCGGACAGGCUCGGGGGAGGGGUACGAGUACUGAAGUUCUUCACCAGAGGAUACUGUCAGAGAGCCCAAGGCGGAGAUGGUCCCUAUGCCCCAUGUUUCCAUGGAAACAUAGGAGGAGUGAUGACAGCCAGCACAGCCACACCAUCUGCUCGGGACCUGAUGUGGUGGGAAGGGAAGGAAAGCCAGAUCCCGGUGAGGGCCAGGGAGGUCUCCUUUCUGAAGAAGCUUCCCAGCUGCACCCAGGAGCACGGGAACAGGACACAUUUCUUGUUCAGGCCUCAGAACUUGCAGUUCUUCCAGACAGGGGCUGUUCCUGCUCCCUCCUCCACCCUCCACCCCCAGCCUUUGUUCCUGGGAAUGCUGUCUCAGUGUCUCGAUCUCACUUUCGCCAAAGCAAACAUUUCCAACAAGGCUGAGAGGGUGACUCUUCGGCUUGACACUGGAGGGAUCCCGUCACUGGCACCCAGGAUUUCCAUUUCUGGCAGCUCCAGUCAGCGGUUCUUGUCCAGAAAAAGGAACAAAGGGGAGAGUGCUGGAAGGGACUCCCUUUUGGCGGGGAGUGCGAGGUUUGGUUCGCGUGGUGAGGCAUAACUGCAGGGCUCGGAGCUGCUCUCCAGGAAUUCUGGGGAAUCCCUGGUGAGAAUCCGGAGCUGUGGCCAAGAGCUGAUCACCUGCCUUUCCAGACCGGAGACAGGCGGCAAGUUUGAAGUCGACACCCGGAGGCCAGUUUGUCCCCCUUCCCCUUGCACUCCUCCUCCCCACCCCACCCGGGCGCCCCAGGUAUCCCUUUAUGCCACGCUCACAGCUCGCAGCCCGGGGGGCACUCCAGGUUCCGUUUCUCGGGGAUCUCACACUGGGGAGCUGCUGAUAACCAUAUUUAAAGAAGACUACCUGAAUGACGAUUUGAGGUGGAAGAAACGGGCUCUGCCAUGGGGAGAAAUCAGGACUCUUGUAAAUAACUUCCCCAUCAUUUCUAAAAACGACAUGGGUUGCUGGAAAGCUUUGUGUCAGUCACAAGGAUUAGCGGAGAGCAUGUUGGACAGUUUCUCUAUCUGGUCAACAGCAGCAUCCCCAGAAGAGGUUGUCAGCGUCUGCUGCUGCAUGGAAAUUGGUGCAUCAGUCAAGCCCAUCUGCAUCUGUAUGCCACCAGAACAGCUUUGGUUGGGGGUAGAGCUUGACAUGAAAUAUCGAGAGUGGGUUGAGUAUGGAGAUAUGCACGGUGAAGACAUCUUAAACCAGAGGAAUGACUCUCUAGUUGUGGAAUUUCAGUCAUCAGCCAGCAGAUGCAGGAGUGUCUAUGAGCCAGAUAGAAAUGCAUUACGGAGGAAAGAACGAGAAAGAAGAAAUCAAGAAACUCAACAGGAUGACGGCACGUUUAAUUCUAGUUACUCUCUCUUCAGUGAGCCCUACAAGACUAACAAGGGGGAUGAACUGUCCAACCGGAUCCAGAACACUUUAGGCAAUUAUGAUGAAAUGAAAGACUUUUUAACUGAUAGAUCCAAUCAGAGUCAUCUCGUUGGAGUUCCCAAACCUGGGGUUCCUCAGACUCCUGUGAACAAGAUCGAUGAACAUUUUGUUGCAGAUUCAAGAGCCCAGACCCAGCCCUCAUCUAUCGGUAGCACUACAACUUCCACACCAGCAGCUGUCCCCGUGCAGCAGACUAAGAGAGGCACUAUGGGCUGGCAGAAGGCUGGGCACCCACCCUCUGAUGGCCAACAGAGAGCAACACAACAGGGCUCUCUCAGGACCUUGCUUGGAGAUGGUGUUGGCAGACAGCAGCCGCGGGCCAAACAAGUGUGCAAUGUGGAGGUGGGCCUUCAGACCCAGGAGAGACCACCUGCCAUGGCGGCCAAGCACAGCAGCAGCGGACACUGUGUUCAGAACUUUCCUCCAUCCCUAGCUUCAAAACCCAGCCUGGUCCAGCAGAAACCGACCGCGUACGUGCGGCCGAUGGACGGCCAAGAUCAGGCCCCUGAUGAGUCUCCUAAGCUGAAGUCGUCUUCGGAAACCAGUGUGCACUGCACAUCGUACAGGGGAGUCCCCGCCAGCAAGCCGGAGCCGGCCAGAGCCAAGGCCAAGCUCUCCAAGUUCAGCAUCCCCAAGCAGGUGGAGGAGAGUAGAUCUGGAGAAACCAACAGCUGUGUUGAAGAAAUAAUCCGGGAGAUGACCUGGCUUCCACCACUUUCUGCUAUUCAAGCACCUGGCAAAGUGGAACCAACCAAAUUUCCAUUUGCAAAUAAGGACUCUCAGCUUGUAUCCUCUGGACACAAUAAUCCAAAGAAAGGUGAUGCAGAGCCAGAGAGUCCAGACAAUGGCACAUCGAAUACAUCAAUGCUGGAAGAUGACCUUAAGCUAAGCAGUGAUGAAGAGGAGAAUGAACAGGCAGCUCAGAGAACGGCUCUCCGCACUCUGUCUGACAGCACCGUGGUCCAGCAGCCCAACUGCAGAACCUCAGUGCCUUCCAGCAAGGGCAGCAGCAGCAGCAGCAGCAGCGGCAGCAGCAGCUCCUCCAGCGACUCGGAGAGCAGCUCAGGAUCUGACUCGGAGACCGAGAGCAGCUCCAGCGAGAGUGAGGGCAGCAAGCCCCCCCACUUCUCCAGCCCCGAGGCUGAACCGGCAUCCUCCAACAAGUGGCAGCUGGAUAAAUGGCUGAACAAAGUUAAUCCCCACAAGCCUCCUAUUCUGAUCCAAAACGAAAGCCACGGGCCAGAGAGCAAUCAGUACUACAACCCGGUGAAAGACGACGGCCAGGACUGUGGGAAGGUCCCCGACGUUUGCCAGCCCAGCCUGAGGGAGAAGGAGGUCAAGAGCACCUGCAAGGAGGAGCAGAGGCCGAGGACAGCCAACAAGGCCCCUGGGAGUAAAGGCGUGAAGCAGAAGUCCCCGCCCGCGGCCGUGGCCGUGGCUGUGAGCGCAGCCGCCCCGCCGCCCGCAGUGCCCUGUGCGCCCCUGGUCCAUCAGAGGCUUCCCAUUUCCCUGAGCUGUGCCCCGGACUCAGCCAGGGCCCCUGCAUCUAUGAUGCUGUGUGCGGCCCCGGACGCGCUGGGGACAAGCGUGGUGGUCCCCCCGGAGCCCACCAAAACCAGGCCCUGUGGCAACAACAGAGCGAGCCACCGCAAGGAGCUGCGCUCCUCCGUGACCUGCGAGAAGCGCCGCACGCGGGGGCUGAGCAGGAUCGUCCCCAAAUCCAAGGAGUUCAUUGAGACAGAGUCGUCAUCGUCGUCCUCCUCCUCGGACUCCGACCUGGAGUCCGAGCAGGAGGAGUACCCUCUGUCCAAAGCACAGACUGUGGCUGCCUCUGCCUCCUCCGGGAAUGAUCAGAGGCUGAAGGAGGCCGCUGCCAACGGGGGCAAUGGUCCCAGGGCCCCUGUAGGCUCCAUCAACGCCAGGACCACCAGUGACAUCGCCAAGGAGCUGGAGGAGCAGUUCUACACCCUGGUCCCCUUUGGCCGGAACGAACUUCUGUCCCCUCUAAAGGACAGUGAUGAGGUCAGGUCUCUCUGGGUCAAAAUCGACCUGACCCUCCUGUCCAGGAUCCCGGAGCACCUGCCGCAGGAACCAGGGGUCUUGAGCGCUCCUGCCACCAAGGACUCUGAGAGCGUGCCGCCCAGCCACACCUCAGACACAGCUGCAGAAAAGGCUUUGCCAAAAUCCAAGAGGAAACGCAAGUGUGACAACGAAGACGACUACAGGGAGAUCAAGAAGGCCCAGGGAGAGAAAGACAGCUCUUCAAGACUGGCCACCUCCACCGGUAAUACUUUGUCUGCAAACCACUGCAACAUGAACAUCAACAGUGUGGCAAUACCAAUAAAUAAAAAUGAAAAAAUGCUUCGCUCGCCCAUCUCACCCCUCUCCGAUGCAUCUAAACACAAAUACACCAGCGAGGACUUAACUUCUUCCAGCCGACCUAAUGGCAACAGUUUGUUCACUUCAGCCUCUUCCAGCAAAAAGCCUAAGGCCGACAGCCAGCUGCAGCCUCACGGCGGAGACCUCACGAAAGCAGCUCACAACAAUUCUGAAAACAUUCCCCUCCACAAGUCACGACCGCAGACGGAGCCGUGGUCUCCAGGCUCCAGCGGCCACAGGGACUGCAAGAGGCAGAAACUCGUCUUCGAUGAUAUGCCUCGCAGUGCCGAUUAUUUUAUGCAAGAAGCCAAACGAAUGAAGCAUAAAGCAGAUGCAAUGGUGGAAAAGUUUGGAAAGGCUUUGAACUAUGCUGAAGCGGCGUUGUCGUUUAUUGAGUGUGGAAAUGCAAUGGAACAAGGCCCCAUGGAAUCCAAAUCUCCUUAUACGAUGUAUUCAGAAACAGUAGAGCUCAUCAGGUAUGCCAUGAGACUAAAAACCCACUCAGGCCCCAACGCCACACCAGAAGACAAACAACUGGCUGCAUUAUGUUACCGAUGCCUGGCUCUCCUGUACUGGCGGAUGUUUCGACUCAAAAGGGACCAUGCUGUAAAGUAUUCAAAAGCACUAAUUGACUAUUUCAAGAACUCAUCUAAAGCCGCCCAAGCCCCAUCCCCAUGGGGGGCCAGUGGAAAGAGCACUGGAACCCCAUCCCCCAUGUCUCCCAACCCCUCUCCCGCCAGCUCAGUGGGGUCUCAGGGCAGCCUCUCCAACGCCAGCGCCCUGUCCCCGUCGACCAUCGUCAGCAUCCCACAGCGCAUCCACCAGAUGGCGGCCAACCACGUCAGCAUCACCAACAGCAUCCUGCACAGCUACGACUACUGGGAGAUGGCCGACAACCUGGCCAAGGAAAACCGAGAAUUCUUCAACGACCUGGAUCUGCUCAUGGGGCCGGUCACCCUGCACAGCAGCAUGGAGCACCUGGUCCAGUACUCCCAACAGGGCCUGCACUGGCUGCGGAACAGCACCCACCUGUCAUAGGGACCUCACCCUGGAGCCAGAUCGGGCUCUGGUCUCCACAGAUGGCUCAACACUUUUGGACACUGUGCUACUGAAAUUCCCAGCCACAGCAUUUAUCAGACUGUGGUGAACAUUUCCUCAGCAUUGAACAAUGGUCUUUUGCAGGGCAUGUGUGUUUGUAUGUGUGGGUAUAUAAGAAGCCGCCUGUGUAUGUGUGUAAGAAACACAGCUCUUCAGAACACACCUUCUUUGUCUAGUUUCCAUAAUCCCAGGCUAGACAAAGUGAUCAGAGGUUUCUAGUUAGAAGAAAUACACACACACACACACACCAUACUCACACACAAUCACAGACGCACACUUUCUAUUCCAGUGCUAAACCAUGACUUCUUAGAAAAUUCAACCAAAAUCUCAUGGGUUAGUUAACCAGGUGCAAUACAGCACACCAAAAGCUUGGCUGCUGGUGAAGAUAGACCUGCUCUUACACUGUUGAUUACUUUCAGUAUUAAUAUACUAUUCCCCAAUUAUUUUUUGAUCGGUAUGUAUUAAUGGGUAAUUGAAUAAUGAAAAUAAGCCAGAUAUUUUUGUGCCAGAAGUUUCCUAGAUUGCAUGUUACCAAAUACCCUCCUCUUCCUCUAAUUCCCUUCCCCCACCUGACUUUAUUGUCAGCUCAAUGCAUUCCAGGCAAACGGAUGGACACUCACCGCCCUGCCCAGCCCCACCUCCAAGUAGUGUGCAGAUGGCACUGAGAUUUAGCAAAAACUCCGCAUCUUUGAAAGUUCACGGACACUAAAGCAGCAGUGCCUGUGUGUUGGAGCUCAGUUAGGAGUUGAAGGUUUCUGCACCUGUGAUAACAAACCCACCAGCCACAUGCAUUUCUUCUUCCUGCCACUGUGACUCGGUGGCUGUAGAGCCACAUGGCAUUUGUCAGUCAAUCUGUUGCAAGUCUUUUCUUUCCACCAGUAGCUUUCUUACAGAUUUUCUUGGCUAAAUGAGGCCAUGACCUAGAAUGUCCCUUCAGUAGGAGCCUGAAUCCUUUGCUUACCAGGCUAAGAGCUCUUUGCCAUGAUAAUGCUGUGUGAUUCUCUCACACUCAUGCAGAGUGUGCCACUGCAGCCCUGUGAUGCGUUUUGAUUUGGGGGCGAGUUUUCCGGCUUUGAUUAGCAGGCUGCUUGCAGUGCGGACCACAGUUCUUUUCUGGGGCAGCAGCAACCAGAGCCUCUUCCUGUGUCCUGUGUGUCUGGUGUGUUUACACCUUGCUCUGAGUUUUUCUCUUGUUUUCUUUUUUUAAUUAAGCUUACAUUUUAGUUUCUUUGACAUCUUGUUUACAGUUUUUGUCUGAUGUUUUUUCUUUUAUAGUGUCUUAUGCCCUAGAUUUAGUCAUCUUGUUACAUAUAUUUGGAUAUGAAAUCUUGGCGAAGAGAAAGUAACUCCUGAAAAAGAGGGUCUAUCUUGCCACACUUUAAAUACAAAAAUAAUGUGCUCGAGGUCUCUUGCUUGAUAAAGUUGCACCAGGACGGUCUGAGAGAGGCAGGCGGUGCAGCAUAUGGAGCAAUCCAUUUUUUCAAGGUGAUGACGGCACAAAAUACUUAGACUAGAUGCUGGUCUCUAUACAUUCACUGAUAUUCUUUCAGGUUGGGUUGUACUGUUAACAUUUUUGUCGGCCUGAUCUGUAGGUGGGAAAUAAGAUCAUUGUGAUUCCCUAGCUCUGAGCACUGAUUCAAAAUUGUAUAAAUGAUUGAACAACUUAGAUGAUUUGAAAUAAAUUGAAAACAGCAAGUAGAGGGCUUGUGGGAUUUGCAUUUGGCUUUGGCCUUCAAGCAUUUGGAAAUAUUAAGAUAAUUUCCAUUUUACAUGUCUCCAACUGCGGUGCUUCUUACAAUCCUUUCACUUUUUUUUGAGACGAGUUUCGCUCUGUCGCCCAGGCUGGAGUACAGUGGCACGAUCUUGGCUCACUGCAACCUCUGCCUCCUGGGUUCAAUGAUUCUCCUGCCUCAGCCUCCCGAGUAGCUGGGAUUACAGGCAUGCACCACCAUGCCCAGCUAAUUUUUGUAUUUUUAGUAGAGACUGGGUUUCGCAGUGUUGGCCAUGCUGGUCUCAAACUCCUGACCUCAGGUGAUCCACCCGCCUCCACCUCCCAAAGUGCUGUGAUUACAGGCGUGAGCCACCACACCCAGCCCUUUCAACUAAUUUUUGUCAGAGUUCACAAUCUCAUCCUAUGUCGGAAGCUUGAACCUAACUUAAGAAAUUUUGAGUCAUUUUUUUGGAGGACUGAGACUUUGUCCUACUUACUCUUGAAGAAUCCUGAUGAAAUAUUCAAACACAUAAAGGGAUGGCCCUGGAGGUCUGUCCUGCAUCCCUGGAGAGCUUCUCUGAUCUUACCUACCUGGAAAGUUGCUGGCUUUGUUGUGGCAUCUGUGUGAUGAGCUUCCCUGUGAAGCCCCGUUUGACAGGUGAGCCAGCAGUGUUUUAUCAGCACUCUGAUGGCCCACGUUUCCCAGGCAAACUUUUGAAACUUGCCCUUGUGGGCAGUGGUCAGAGCAUGCAGUUCCUAUGACCGUCUCUCAUUUCGUCUGUGGAGCACAGCAGUUUCUGUGGCGUUUGGCAUAGGUGAUUUUGGUUAGAAACCAUCCUCCUAUUGUUGCUUGUGAAAGUCAUUCAUAACUUGUUCCUUUUACUUAGUUUUGUUGUUGCUGCUGUUGUUAUUGGUUUGGUUUGGUUUUGAGACCGGGUCUGGUUCUGUGGCCCAAGCUGGAGUGCGGUGGCGCGAUCGUGGCUCCCCGCAGCCUCAAACUCCUGGGCUCAAGCGAUCCUCCUGCCUCAGCCUCCCAAGCAGCUGGGAAGAUAGGCACAUGCCACCACACCCAGCUAAUUUUUUCUUUAUUUUUUUGUAGAGAUGGGGUCUCACUAUGUUGCCCAGGCUGGUCUCAAACUCCUGGGCUCAAGCGAUCCUCUGGCCUCGGCCUCCCAAAGUGCUGGGAUUACAGGCAUGAGCCACCAUGCCUGGCCUGUUUCGUUUUGUUUCAAGUUGAAAUAUCUUUCUUGUGUUUUCUGAUUAGAAAAGUAAUACCUACUCAUUGUAAGAAUUCCAACAGUGCAGAAACGUAGAAAGUAGAAAGUAUAAGUCCCCGGUUGUCCCUUCUGCCUGAGACAACCACUGCUCGCAGUUUGAUGUAUAUCCUUCCAUAGACUCUCACAUUUAAGCAAAUAAUUUUUAUUACCACAUCUUUUUCUUUGAAGACGUACAUUUGCCUCCGAAGUUCAACCCAAGUUCAACUGACCAUAUGCUUCCAUGACCUGAAUGGAUGCUAUCCUUUAUCACAAUGUUCAAUUGCCUUUGAAAGAGAGUAGCCCAGGUAUAUUCCUGAUCAAAAUUUGGCAUUUUUGAUGAUACUGCUCUGCACAGAUCAGACUCACGUGCAGAAUCGUGCCUGGAGAGAGAGGUUUGGUUAAGACAGAGAUUUCUGGCGACAUUCAAAUUGCAAAUGGAAACUUGAAACCCACGAUCUAAUGAGGAAUGUACUGGAAAAAUACUCUGAAGAGUUGACAAAUUUGUGUACUAGAUUGAACACAUGGAAUGCAAUGCAAUGAGACGUUCUGCACUAAAACUUCUCCUAAUAUGUACAACAAUGAUAUGUGUAUUAUAUAACAGUGAUGUGUACAUUUCUGACACCCAUACAUAAUAGACACAGUUUGUAUAAAUGCAUACAUUUAAAAAUAUAUAUGUACAAUACAGCUAACAGAAAACUGUAGUACGCCUGAAGGAUAUUACUAGUGCCUAAUAUUGAGUCAAAGUCACUGCGUGUUCGCAUCAACUUGGAAGUGCAGUAAUUGUUAUAAAAUUAAUCAGUGCAGCCAACAUUAUUUAUGAAUCACAUCUUUGAAACUGUGCAGUAGCAUAUACAUAUAUAUUUUUAAAUAACAUUUUUCACAGUUUUCCAGAGUUACUGUUGAAAUCUGCAUCACCAAAAAAAAAAGCAAGAUUUUUUUAAUAAUGUAGACACUCUUCAGACCCAGUAAUCUGCGUGUGAUUUCUUAUUUGUAGAUUCCCAAGAGACUUUAGCAGUCACCAGCCUUAAUGCAUGUACAGGAUAUUAUUGUGACUUAAUUUAUCUGCAGUUUUUAAUCCAUGUGAAAUUGGAAUUUAUAAACGGACUUGGAUUAAAUAUGUCUGCCUUUCUAAGGUUGCAAAUGUUACAUUAAAUGAUUUAUGUUGUAAA